AUGUACCGCCAGGUGACUUCGAUUUCUCCUAUUGCUCGCAGCAAUUUGCUAUGUGCUGCCAAGCAGAUCCGUCUGGCUUCGACCGUUGCUACUCCUAUUUCCAACCCGACCCUCCGUGGCCUCGAGACCCGCUGGGAGACCAUGACCGAGGGUGAGCGCGAGGACGUCGUCGCCCAGCUUGCCGAGCGCCAGCGUGCCGACUGGAAGGAGCUCACUCCCCUCGAGAAGCGUGCCGCUUGGUACGUGUCCUACGGCGAAUGGGGACCCCGUCGCCCUGUCCACCCCAAGGGCACUCCUAUCCAGAUCUUCUGGGGUGCUCUGCUUGGUAUUGGUGCUGCCGCUGCCCUCUUCAUAGGCUACCGCGCGAUCGCUCCUCCUCUGCCCAAAUCCAUGGCUCAGGAAUGGCAACAAGCCAGCAACGAUAUGCUUGCUAGCCACAACGCCGAGCCUUUCCAGGGUCACAACCAGAUCCAGUCUGCUCCUACGGGCAUUUCUGCCGCUGAUUUGGAGGAUGACGACGACGAGUAA